AUGGCUUCGCUGAAGCUAGGCAGUACUCUUUCACAUGCGCUGAUCUUUUGCGAGGCCAUCUUCAGCAUUUGCAUUAUCUCCUACGAUGCCGCCAUGAUCAACAACCUGAACGCCGUCGUGCCGUACCGACAACAUUUUGAACUCAAUAGUGAUAUGGACGGUCUCAAUGCUGCCAUCAUCAGCGCCGGAUGCAUCAUCGGCGCUCCCGUUGUUGGCUACCUUGCUGAUCGCUGGGGACGCAAGGCUGGUCUUGGGCUAGGCGCUAUGAGCAUCAUCGUAGGCGUCAUAUUAGAAGCAUCCGCAACUAAAGUCGCACAGCUCGUCUGCGGUCGCUUUCUCAUCGGCUUUGCUACUUUGAUCAACGGUUCUGUGCCUCCCAUGUGGAUUAUGGAGCUGGGAGCGCCCAGAUAUAGAUCCAUGCUGGCCAACGCCGUGGAUAUGGAGUAA